CAAAUAUUCAAUUAACUAUGUAAAAUCCUUUUAGGUUCUCAUUUUACACUCCCAGGGAAUUUCAAUAAAAUUCUAACCUAACUCAACAAAUCUCUGCAACUCCAUCCCUUUUAUUGCCUCUGAACUCAACUCGCCGGAAAACGAAAAGCUUGCCGGAGAUUGUAGGCGGAGCGGGUCGUUUACUGCCAGAAACAUUGAUAAACUCCUCCAGGAAACUGAUUUGCUUUGAAAGUAAUGGAGGCCAAAUUUUUCCGCUUUCUUAAGAUUGUGGGUGUUGGAUACAAAGCAAGAGCUGAAUCUGCAGGGCGUCUGUUGUAUCUCAAGUUAGGGUAUAGUCACGAGGUGGAAUUAUCUGCGCCUCCUGCUGUCCGUGUUUUCUGCUUCAAAAACAAUGUAAUUUGUUGUACAGGAAUAGACAAGCAAAGGGUGCAUCAGUUUGCAGCUACAGUUCGCAAUUGUAAGCCACCUGAAGUUUACAAAGGCAAGGGCAUAAUGUAUACUGAUGAAGUUAUUAAGAAAAAACAAGGAAAGAAGUCUAAAUGAUCAUAUAAUCUUGGUCGAUUUCAUGAAGUCUACGACUCAGGUGCACAUUUGCUAGACUUUGCAGAAUUUUUUCCCUCUAGCCUUUGGAAAACUUCACUGUUAGAAUUCUUAAAAGAGAGCAUCAUGGAUAAUCAAGUUUCAAAUAACAGCAUUUUUUGCUUCAAUAUGAUUGAUAUGUAUCAUUUGGAGUUAUCUUUGUUGAGAUAUUUAUCAAUUUAAUAAGAUAGGAUUAUUAUAUAA